UCGGUGCUCGUUAAUGGCGUUCCUUAUUCAUCGUUGCUUUCUUGACCAGGAAGACAAGCAAUAGGCCGAAGCCCUCACCCAUCCUAUCAAAUCAAGCAAUUCGAAAAUGGUGCCUGAGCCUGACGAUGAGAUCAAGGACGAGAAGAACCCUAAGCCCCUCGAUGAAGAUGAUAUUGCUCUUCUCAAGACCUAUGGGUUGGGGCCUUAUUCUACGACCAUAAAGAAGGCCGAGAAGGAAAUCAAGGAGAUGGCCAAGAAGAUAAACGAUUUGUGUGGUAUCAAGGAAUCCGACACUGGUCUAGCUGCACCGAGUCAAUGGGAUCUUGUAUCGGAUAAGCAAAUGAUGCAGGAAGAACAACCUUUGCAGGUUGCAAGAUGUACCAAGAUAAUUGAUCCCAAUACCGAAGAUGCGAAAUAUGUCAUCAAUGUCAAGCAAAUCGCCAAGUUUGUUGUUGGAUUAGGGGAUAAGGUCUCACCCACCGAUAUUGAAGAAGGCAUGAGAGUUGGUGUUGACAGAAAUAAGUAUCAAAUCCAGAUUCCAUUGCCUCCAAAAAUUGAUCCAAGUGUUACGAUGAUGACAGUUGAGGAAAAGCCAGAUGUAACGUAUAAUGAUGUAGGUGGUUGUAAGGAGCAAAUUGAAAAGAUGCGAGAGGUUGUCGAGCUGCCCAUGCUUCAUCCUGAAAAAUUUGUAAAACUGGGGAUUGAUCCACCAAAGGGUGUGCUAUGCUAUGGCCCUCCUGGUACUGGUAAAACUCUACUCGCCAGGGCUGUGGCUAAUAGAACCGAUGCAUGUUUCAUUCGUGUUAUUGGAAGUGAGCUUGUCCAAAAGUACGUUGGUGAGGGUGCUCGGAUGGUUCGUGAAUUAUUUCAGAUGGCACGCUCUAAAAAGGCUUGCAUUGUAUUCUUCGACGAGGUUGAUGCUAUUGGCGGCGCAAGAUUUGAUGAUGGGGUUGGUGGAGACAACGAGGUCCAACGGACAAUGCUUGAAAUUGUCAAUCAGCUGGAUGGGUUCGAUGCUCGUGGAAAUAUUAAAGUCCUAAUGGCAACCAACAGACCUGAUACUCUUGAUCCGGCACUGCUUCGUCCUGGACGUCUGGAUCGCAAAGUGGAGUUUGGAUUGCCCGAUCUAGAAAGCAGAACACAAAUAUUCAAGAUUCAUACACGAACAAUGAACUGUGAGAGGGAUAUUCGGUUUGAACUUCUCGCUCGUCUCUGCCCAAACUCUACCGGGGCAGACAUAAGAAGUGUGUGCACCGAGGCUGGCAUGUACGCUAUCCGAGCAAGAAGGAAAACCGUGACCGAGAAAGAUUUCUUGGACGCCGUUAAUAAGGUGAUCAAAGGUUAUCAAAAAUUCAGCGCAACGCCUAAGUACAUGGUUUAUAAUUGAACAUCGUCUGCUCGUCUCUUCGAAUUUCUGUUUGGUACGUACCUCUUAAUUCAUAUGGGAUUUCAGCUUUUAACUGGUUUAUAAAUUUUAUCUUGUUUAAGAAAAGAUUUUAUGUAUUCUAUAUUUGCAUCAUAUGCUAAUCAAGAAUCAUCUAACAAUGAAUGCUUGCUAAUACUUUUAUUAUGUAUUUAUUUAUUUAAUAGAAAAUUAUAUAAAUCAUAUGUUAUCAUGA